AUGGGAGAACCAGAUAAUGGAGGAGGCAGCACAGCCACUGCAGCGCUGCGGCUCGCGCAGGCCCGGCAGCGGCUGAGGCAGAUGGCCGCCUCCACACAAUCUCUGCUUGAGCGAUGCAGCGACGGUGCAGCACAGCCAAAGGAGGUUCAGGUGGAGGAGCUGAGGGCUCGGCUUGCUGCUGCAGAUGAAGCAUUUCUGCAAUCGCAGCAGCAGCACGAAGAAAGAGACAAGGAGACUCUGAAGCGGCAGCUGCAGGAGCUGCAGCAGCAGCAAAAGAAACAAAAAUGCAAGACAGAAGAAAAAGAGGAGAAGCUGCAGCGGCGCCUCCACGAGCUGGAGGCAGCAGUUGUCGCAGCCAAGGCCAGCGCAGCAGAAGCAUAUACGACAGCACAGAAGAGGGUUGUGCAGCUCAGCUGCGACUUGGAGGAAGCAGCCUCAGGCAAGGAGGCGCUGCAGCAGCGGGUGAAUAGCUUAGAAGGGUUGCUGCAGCAGCAGCGGGAGCAGCAGCAGCAGCAGCAACAGCAACACCAGGCUACCACCAAAGCCCUUCAAGAUGAACUCACGCAGGCGCAGCAGGAGCUGCAGCGGGAGAAGCAGCAGCACCAGCAGCAAGUAGCCGGACGACUGCAGCAGCAGCAGCAAAUGCUGGAGAGGCUAAAGCUGCAGCAGCAAGAAACCGAAGCAGCACAUGUGCAGGCGUUGAAGCUGGCUGCUGAUAACAGCCGGUUAGAGCGGGAGGCGCUGCAGAUGGAGUUGGAGGCAGCAAAGGAGAAGCUAAGUGCUGUGCGCAGCAUAAAGGAAGGAAGUCUGCGGCGAGAGAAGGAGGAGCUGCAGCAGCAGCUGGUUGAAGCAGCAAAGCGGCAGGAGCAGCUGCAGCACCAGGAGCAGCUGCAGCAGCAGCAGAAGCAGCAGCAGCAGCAGCUGCUAGACUGCACCAGGGACUUAAAGGAGACUGAAAUGCAGCGGCAGGAUCUCCUCGCUGAGCUUAUGCGCUGGCAGAAGCUGGCAGCAUCAUUUGUAGUUGAGGAGACCCCUACACGGGAAGCCUUUCGCCGCUGGCUGCUGCUGCUUGUUAAUUCUCUUCAAGCGCUGCAGUUUACAAGCAGACAGGCAGAGGCGGAGCUGCAGCAGCUGCAGCACCAGCAGCAGCAGCUGCAGCAGGAGCUUGCACACCAAAAGGAUUCGGCGGCUGCGCUGAAGCUGCAGCUGGCAGAUGCUGAGAGGCAGCAGCAGCAGCAGCAGCGGCAGCAUCAGCGAGCGCUGUCUGCAGCAAAAUCAGCAAAUGAACUGCUCAAGGUGAAGCUUGCGGGGGCACUGCAUGCAACGAGCGAGCAGAUUGAGCGUCUGCUGCAGCCUACUGCAGCAGGAGCAGCAGAUGGAAGCAGCAGCAGCAGCGGCAACAAGGAGCUGCAGGAACAGCUAGAUGAAUCUCAGGAAGAGAUGCGCCGCAUGCAGCAGCUGCUGCAGCAGCAGCAAGAACUUCUACAACGCCAGGAGACGGAGUUGGAGCGGCUGCGACAAAAUGAAGGGAGACGAGCAAAUGCUGCACUUCAGAACGAGCAGCUGGCGAAGGAGAACGCCCAUUUGAAGGCCGAGCUGCAACGUAAAGCAGCAGAGGCAGCGGAGUUGGAGAAACGCCAAAGCCAGCUGCUGAACGAGCUUGCAGAUGUCUCCGUUUGUUUGGGGAGAGAGCGCAGCCUCCAGACGCAGCUGCAACGGGCCCUAGAGAGGGUUUGCGCAUUGGAGUCAGUGCUGCGGGGAGGGUCAGGCGAAGCUGCAAACCAAGUGGAGAAAGUGCGAAGUUUAGAAGCAGAAGUGAGCACUGCUGCUGCUGCUGCUGCUGCUGCUGCUGCUGUUGCUUUUGGUGAUGCUGCUGCCACUGCUGCAGCUGUUGCUGCUGAUGCUGAUGGUGCUGCUGCGGCUGGCUCUCUUGAUGCUGCUGCAGCAGUUCUCGUUGCAGCAGUUCCUGCAGCAGCAGCAGAGUCUGCUUGGGUGUUGUGCGCAGCUCAACUUAACGAAGCAAAAAAUGGAGCUGCUGCAGCAGCACUGCGUCCAGCAAAUAGCCAGCAGCAGCAGCAGCAGCAGCAGCAAGGUAUGUGUUGUGUCUGCAGGGCCAUGCGCGAGGCUGUUUAUCUUAUAUUGGGCUGGGAUGUCUCCUACCGCAGAGGGGGAGAUGAUGAAGAGGAGACGGUUAUUCUGCAGUGUCUGUACGCUACGCACGACGGGGUUCUUGUGUUCUCGCGGCAGCAGCAGCAGCAACAGCAGCAGCAGAAAGAACAGCAGCAGCAGGAAGACAAGCAGCAGCAGGAAGAGAAGCAGAACGAGGCUCGCCAGCAGCAGCAGGAGGAGGAGCAGCAGCAGCAGCAGGAACGCGAAGGCAUGGAGGAGAGCGAGGGAAGCACAGAAGCAGCAGCAACUGCUGAUGGAGAUAGCGGCUCUGCUGCAGCUAGCAGCAGCGAGUCAGCAGCAGCAGCAGCAACCGAAGCAGCAGCAGCUUCACCAACAGCAGCACCAGCAGCAGCUGCAGCAGACAAAGACGAUACAAGCAACUCGCAACCUCCUUCUACUGAUACUGCUGCCUCCCCACGAUCCCUCAGCUCACCGCCGCCGCAGCAGCAGCAGCAGCCACAGCAGCAGCAGCAGCAGCAGCAGCAGCAGCAGCAGCAAAAGGACGAGGCGCUGCUGCGUUUUGCGAAGUCUCGCUACCGAGUCUCCUUCUUAAACUUCUACGGGGAUUUGCUGCAGAAAGAUCAGCAGCUCAAGAGCUGA